CGUGCUACUUUAGCGCACAACUUUUAAAAUCCGCCGUGUGCGCAGCCUGCCGACCUACCCGAACGAGAAGCCAGACAUUUGCCCCCCAGUUCCAGUCUAAUUCUGCCUGUUAAUCCAGGCCAGGCUAGACGUGUCGCGCAACAUCCCCACCACCUUUUGUGGAUUUUUUUUUCCUCCCGCAGCCAAAUAGUCCGCUGCUUGACGGAGGACAAGAAGACAACAAAACCCACUCCGGCGACUCGUUUUCCCCGACAUGACAAGGAAAUGUGGAAGCGGGCAUGAAGCGACAGAGCGGGAGGACCGUCUCCGCCGCUGACACGCACGCAGUGAGGUGCCCUGGUUGCGGAUUCAGCCUGCUCGGUCGCCGAGCUGAGGGGGAGAAGUCGAGGGGAGCACAAAGAGCGUCACUAAAGACGAGGACACAACAAGUUUGAGCCGUGCACCUCCCGUGCUGACGGAGGAGUGAAGGUGGGAGAGGGGCUGCACCACCGGCCGCACUUUCCCCACAACACGAAGUUGGACAAUUGCGAGAAGUUUCCAGUCUGUCGUAAUAGCGGUGACCGCUGAAGCGGCGGCUGGUGCACACUUGACUAACUGCAACAAUUAGCCGGAGUGUGUUUGUGUUUUUUCUCUCUCUCUGCUGCAGUGCGAGGCUCCCUGAACUGAAGUCCACUUUAAAUGCGGACUGGUCUGCGGUCAGUGAGUGCACAGCCGAGCCGCCAGUGCCACUUGAUUUUUAAUUCAAGGCUGAACAGACGUGGGUUCGCUUUUCACCGCUCAGUCCCGGCGCUAUGGAGCUGACACACCGGGGCUUUGUCCUGCUGGGCUGCAUCCUCCUGGACUGGGCUCUCCUGGCUCUCUCAGAGGAAGAAGUCCUGAUGAACACUAAGACGGAGACCUCUGAUCUCAAAUGGACCGUCUUCUCAAAUGCCAAACCUGAGUGGGAGGAAGUAAGCGGUUUAGACGAGGAGAACAACAGCGUGAGGACCUAUGAGAUAUGUCAGACUGACAGCGCAUCCAGCCAUUGGCUGCGCAGUGGCUUCAUCCCGCGUCAAGGAGCGUCGCAGGUUUACGUGGAACUGCGGUUCACCAUGAUGGAGUGUUCAUCCAGCAGCACCCACCACCGCAGCUGCAAGGAGACCUUUAACCUCUACUACUACCAGGCAGACUCCAACGAGGCCACGCCCACUUACCCGCCCUGGAUGGAGAACCCAUACACCAAGGUGGACACAGUGGCUGCAGACUUUCUACUGAGGAAGGAUGGGGAGCAGAAAUUUAAUGUGAAGACCCUGAGACUCGGCCCUCUGUCUAAGAGAGGCUUCUACUUGGCUUUUCAGGCUCAGGGCGCCUGCAUGGCCCUGCUGUCUGUCAGGGUGUUUUUUAAGAAAUGCCCUCCCCUGGUCAGCGCUCUUUCCUCUUUCUCUGAGACCGUUCCCCGUACUCUGGUGCAAGAGGCGCAGGGUGUGUGUGUGGAGCACGCCGCCCAGCAGGGCCCCCGACCUCGGCCGCCUAAGCUCUUCUGCGGGGAAGACGGCCAGUGGGUGGGCCAGCCGACGACCUCCUGCGCCUGCCUACCAGGAUUUGAGCCUGCUGAAGGACACACAAGAUGUACAGCCUGUCCUGUGGGUCAGUUCAAGUCGGGCACAGAGGGACAGUGCACAGGCUGUCCAGGAUUCAGCCACGCCACCACCAGGGGGGCGCCAGUGUGCGCGUGUCGUUCCGGAUACCUACGUGCAGAAUCCGACCCUCCCGACACCCCUUGCACCAGACCUCCCUCAGCCCCGCGCAGCAUCGUCACCCAGAUCAACGACUCCACGCUCAGUUUGGAGUGGAACGAGCCUCUGGACAACGGCGGCAGGACAGACCUGAGCUACUCUGUCAGGUGCUCUGUGUGCAGGUCACCCAACGGGCCGUGCUUCUCCUGCGGAGACAGCGUCAGCUACAGACCCGCGCAGCACGGCCUGCUGGGUCGCAGGUUGGAGUUGUGGGGCCUGCUGCCUCACACCACAUACACCUUCACAAUCCAGGCGCUCAACGGGGUGUCUCAGGUCAGCGGCAAGGACCCUGCCAGCGAAACUGUCAACAUCACUACAAGCCAUGACGUGCCAUCGCUGGUGUCUGUGAUUCGGAAGAGUGACUCCACAGAGAGCAGUCUGACUCUGCACUGGUCAGUCCCAGCUCAGCCACACUACACCAUCCUGCAGUACCAGCUACGCUACUGUGAGAAGGAGCAGCGCAGUGAAGAUCAGUGCCACUACACGGAGAGUAACAGGAACCAGGCCGUGCUGACGGACCUCCGCAGAGCCACUCAGUACGAGGUGCAGGUCCGGGCGCGCACCAUGGCCGGCUACGGCAGCUUCAGUCCUGCAGCCAUCUUCCGCACGCUUCCUGAUGGACAAGACUCUGCCUCCCAGUUCUUGGUACCCGGCAUCCUUAUCGCUGUUGGGAUGCUGCUGCUUGUCACUUUCGUCUUUGUGGCUGCCUACUGCAUACGUCGUCACAGCCGAGUGAAGGAUCCAGAACUGAGCGACAAAAACAACCAGUACCUCGUUGGCCAAGGGGUGAAGGUUUACAUCGACCCCUUCACCUAUGAGGACCCUAACGAGGCAGUGCGAGAAUUUGCCAAGGAAAUUGAUGUUUCCUUUGUCAAGAUUGAGGAGGUUAUCGGUGCUGGAGAGUUUGGGGAGGUGUGUCGAGGACGACUGAAGAUCCCAGGGAAAAAAGAAAACUACGUAGCAAUUAAGACGCUAAAGGGAGGCUACACUGACAAGCAGAGACGGGACUUCCUGUCUGAAGCUUCCAUCAUGGGCCAGUUCCAGCACCCCAACAUCAUCCACCUGGAGGGGAUCAUCACGGCCAGCUGUCCAGUCAUGAUCCUCACAGAGUUUAUGGAGAACGGAGCUCUGGACUCCUUCCUGCGGCUGAACGACAGUCAGUUCACGCCCAUCCAGCUGGUGGGGAUGCUGCGCGGCAUCGCCUCUGGCAUGAAGUACCUGGCAGAGAUGAGCUACGUCCACCGAGACCUGGCUGCCCGCAACAUCCUGAUCAACAGCAACCUGGUGUGCAAGGUGUCCGACUUCGGCUUGUCGCGCUUCCUGCAGGAGAACUCCUCUGACCCGACCUACACCAGCUCCCUGGGAGGUAAGAUCCCAAUCCGCUGGACAGCACCAGAGGCAAUAGCCUUCAGAAAGUUUACCUCGGCCUCAGAUGUGUGGAGCUAUGGCAUCGUCAUGUGGGAGGUCAUGUCUUUUGGAGAGAGGCCGUACUGGGACAUGAGCAACCAGGAUGUAAUCAAUGCCAUAGAGCAGGACUACCGGCUGCCCCCGCCCCCUGACUGCCCCACCCACCUGCACCAGCUGAUGCUGGACUGCUGGCAGAAGGACCGCUCGGCGCGCCCUCGCUUCGCGGACAUCGUCAGUGCUCUGGACAAGCUGAUCCGCAACCCUGCAUCGCUGAAAAUAGUGGCUCAAGAAGGAGCGGGGCCGUCCUACCCCCUGCUGGACCAGCGUGCACCUUUAGCCCUCUCGUCGUGUGCUUCGGUGGGGGAAUGGCUGAGGGCCAUUAAGAUGGAGCGCUACGAAGACAGUUUCCUGCAGGCCGGCUUCAACUCAGUGGACCAACUGGCCCAGAUCACCACACAGGAUCUGCUGCACAUGGGAGUGACUUUGGCCGGGCAUCAGAGAAAAAUCCUGUCCAGCAUCCAGACAAUGACCUUUAAGGACAAGAGCACUACAUCUGUAACCUUCUAGCUCAUCUGUCUCCCUACCUGGACGCGAACACCAGCACACAGGUGCCGCCAUGUACUGAGAGCACUCGGGAUCCUCUCCUGUGACCCACUUUGAACACGGACUCCAAGAGAGAUUGGCAGAAUUUAUUAAUCGAAAGAAGAAAAUUAGAAAAUAAAAGACUUAAGGUGACUUUCCCAUUGGGAUGAGAGACAAGUGAAUCCCUGUCACCUAGAGUGACCAGAGGACAAAGCUGAUGAGCAGACUGACUCAUUUUUACAGUUGCUGGUCAGUGUUUUAAUAUUCAUCUGAAGUUAGGACCCAAUAAAUGUGCUAAACCAAGAAGAGAAGACAGAUCAGCGUUUACAAAGUUUCUGUACUAUCAUGUCAUUUUGAAAACUGGCAGUGGACUGGUUUGUUAUCACAUUAAAAAGUCACUUCACCAAAGGAGACAAAAAGAAAUGCCAGUGCCAAUCCAAGGAUUUCAGCUUUCUUACUGUUACUGUAAUUAUGAAUGAGAACUGCUUUCACUCUGGGUGUCUUGCAUCAAAUCCAUCCGGAUUACUAAACGGACACCUUUCACAUCAAGACUGAACAUUUUAGCUGUUGGAUUUUUCCUUUUUUUUUUGUUUUUGUUUUCUCCAUUUGAUUUCAACAUUACCUCCUCUUUACUCAGGUGUGAUGUGUAAUGCAGACUUUGGAGAGAGCUGUACUCCACCUAAUCAGACUUCUGCCAACUUCCCCAGUCUGGCUCUCCCCUCACCAGCUCCACAUGUGAGGAGAAGAGAGGCAUGGAGAUUUAUCAGCACUUUUGUCAUUUCAGAGUGAAUUGUAAUCUUCAGUAACUCCAUGUGUGGUUGGUUAGUUCUACUGCCUGCGUUUCUGCCUGCAGCUCAGUUUUAUUAUAGUCAGACUGAAAAAGGACCAAGAGGACUCAGAGACCAGAGAAUACUGUAGAACGGGUUAUCUUUGUAGAAAUCUACCAAGGAAGCUAUCUGGCCUCAAACUUGUUUUUCUUGAUAUAACUGCUACAUUUUUAAUUAUCUUAUACUGUGUUCUCCAUCUUCCAGUGCCAUUCAGUCUGCUUUGUGGACUUAAAUGCCAAUUUUAUGAAGCAGAAAUCUCUCUUGAGUGACUCUUGUCUCAUUUAAAUGUACCUUAAAGGGUUACUUUGACAUUUUGAAGUUGGGUGUAUUUUCCUUCAUCAGGUGCUGGUUGUGUGGUCAGUUAAGUGUUUCUGCUUUUGCCCCAAAGCUACACAGAAAUAGCUUGUCAACAUUUCACAUGGAAAACAAUACACAGCUACCAGCUAACAUGCUAGCUUGUAGCCAGUCGUAUCCAUUGGAUUCAGAAUGGAAUGCUAACUUUUGAGCUGCUGUUUGACUAACACAGUCCCCCUCACAUUUUAAUUAAGUGUGUUAUUUUCCUUCACCAGAUGCUGGUUGUGUAGUGGCAAAUCAUUUCUGCUCUUGCAUCAAAGCUGCACAUAUAAAGAGCUGACAUAACAUUCUUAACAUUUAGCAUUCAAAACAAUGUACACCUCCAGCUAAGCUAACAGACUAGCGUGCAGCCAGCGUUAUCCAUUGGUUUCAGGGUGGAAUGCUAACAACACUGUUGAGCUGUUGCUUGAUUAGCAUAGCAGAACCCCCCAUUGUUUUAAGUUUAGUGUAUUAUUUUCCUUCAUCAGAUGCUGGUUGAGCUGUUUUUUUUGUCCCAAAGCUACAUAAAAAUGGUUUGUUAAGAUGGACAACAAGACAGAGCAACCAGUCAUGCUAGAUUGUAACCUGUAGUAUCCAUUGGUUUCAGGGUAAAAUGCUUUUUACUGUUGUUUGAUUAGCAGAAUUGGCCCUUCUCAUUUUAAGUUUAGUGUAUUAUUUUCUUUCAUCAGAUAGUAGUUGUGUUGUCUGUAAAGUGUUUCUGCCCCAAAGCUACACAAAAAUACUUUCUUAACAUCUAAAAUGGAAAACAGUAUACAGCUACCAACUAACAUGCUAGCUUGUAGCCAGUAAUAUCCAUUGGAAUGAGGAUGGAAUGCUAACUGCUGAGCUGCUGUUGGACUAGCAGAGCCGCCCAUCCCCUCAUUUUAAUUUAGUGUAUUAUUUUCCUUCAUCAGAUGCUGGUUGUUUAGUUGGCAACAUGUGUCUGCUUUUGCCCUGAAGCUACACAAAAAUAGUGUCUUGACAGUCUUGAGAUUUAGCAUGAAAAACAAUGCACAGCUAACAGGCUAUCGUGUAGCCCCUAGUGUCCAUUGUUUUCAGGGCAGAAUGCUAAUAAUGCUGUUGAGCUGCUGUUUAAUGAGCAGAGCAGCCCCCUCUGAUACUCACAUGUCCCAUCACUCUUCUCUCUGCAUCAUAUAAUUGUUUAUGUGCAGUGCAUAAACAUGAGGCGUAAUAUUGUUGUAUGAUAGCCUGUGUUACACACUGUCAAGAAUGUGCAUUU